AUGUUGGAAAAUUUACUACUACCAGAUCUCCGGGUCAUCUCGGAGAUUGCCGGAUACGUUGUCAAUGCACCGGUUCGGUUUUGGAAGCACAGAUGCAAGCUGGAAAAAGGCCGCAAGAAGAUAUCAUCCAUAGAGCUGACUCUAGAUAACUUGCAAUUAUCUCACGAGGCGAAGAACCUAGAAGGCACUAAACAUUCAUUGGUAGUGUUUGACAUUUUGGAGCAGCAAGACUCAGAUGUCUUGUCAGCUCACGACCGGUGGAAGGAUGGUAGACGAUUGAAGCAGAUGGAACACAUCUGGUCAGGAGACAUCCGGUUUGCCCACAUCCCAGGUCAACCGGAGACAGAACUAUUGGAUAUGGGAUUCCUCCCUCGACACAAUGUUGACCGGCCAUCGACUCCUCCAUCCAUAUCAGCAUUGGACAUGGGAUUUCCACCAGGCAGCGAGUUAGAUACCCACCAGGCACCUGACAUCAUCAACAACCCUCUGGACAUGGGCUUUUGCAGCAUUCCGGCUCAUGAUGUUCCGGCUCGUGAUGGUCCGGUUCAGUCAUUAGACAUGCAAGUGGAACAGAUUCCUUUGAACAUGGGCUUUCACACAGAUCCGGCAUCUUGUCACUCAUUGGACAUCCAACCGGAUGAUCUCCCUUUGGAUAUGGGUUUUGACACACUCCAACUGGACAAUUGCCUUUUGCAUACGGAUUUCAAUGCACUCCAACCGGACGAGCACCCUUUGGAUAUGGGAUUUUGUACACUCCAUCUGGUACACCCGGAUCACUCAAUGGAUAUUCAACUUUCUCACAAGCCUCUGGACAUGGGCUUUGGGACAACUCUGGCAUCUGUUCAGGAAGACAGGCCAUUGGACAUUACAAUCGCCACUCCAGAUCCGGAUCCAGUACAUGGUCUUCCGGAUCCAUCAUUUGCGGUUGGUGAACCGGUACCCAUUGGAUUUGUGAUUCAGCAUGCUUACAAUGUCACCGGAAGAAGCAUCUGUCAGCCAGGAAGUUCUUCAGUCUGCCAAUGA